GAUCUAUUUCCGGGCACGGGCGUCGGCCCUAUUCGUGUAAGCUCUCCGUUCACUUUGAAGUAAAACAUGCGUGAGCUCGGGCGCGGAGGCUCACUCGUGGCAGCCACCAUAGCAGCAUUGCACAAUCGAACAGCCGGCGAAAAACCACCAAUCCCAAUUAAAUCGCGUGCAAAUACAGAAUCUAAACAUUCUCAAUUAGAAAAGGAAAUUUCUGAGAAACAAUCGAGGCGUGCAUCAGGAGGUAGUGAGCGUCCUCUCUCGACCGCUUCGGAGACCUCGGAACGCGACUCCGCGUCAGUCGUAUCUAGUGAGGAGCCGCCCCCACAAGAGAGCGGUGAUUCUGAUAGUCCAGAUGAAGCGACAGUGAAGUGUACAGUGUGGUCCGACGGUGCGACCGGAGACGCUCGUCCCAACUCGUCUGAAAGCGACUCAUCUUCAUCUAGCGGAGAUGAUUCUGAAGGCCAAGAAUAUGAAACUCGAAAAAACAACGCCGAUUACCGAACAUUAACACCGAACAGAUGUUUAGAUAAUUCAACGAGGCGUGAUGAUGAUUUCAAGUGGAUGCCCACUGGCAAUAUGGUGGAUGAGAAUGAGCAGCCGUCUAUGGAAGCCAUAGCGGAAGAAUAUUCAGGUGGUAGUCUAAAUAGACGAAGGCGUAUUUCGUCUGAUCGUAGUGAUCGCGAUCGUAAAAGUAGAUCGUCUUUGUCGGGCAAGCCUCCGCAGCAUCCUACGGGUGUGCGAGCGUCACCAAGACCUCGACGUAUACGCAAUGAAGAAACACCUCCAGACUUGCAUAGACGUUGGAACUCAUACGAACAUUUCCGCUGGCCAGAAGGCGGAUGGUGGCCCCCUAUGUGCUGGUGUCACGGUCCCCCUAUCCCUCCACCGUGUUGUAUGCAUGACCGUUCUUGGCCCUCACACCCUUCGCUUCCACAAACGACUGUGCGUGGUGGUUUCAAGAACGACGCGGAGGAUCGUGUGCGUCGAUUAGAAGCGGACAAGGAGAGUCUGCAGUUGCAAGUACAGGUGUUAUCGGAGCAGAUCUCAGCACAGACCGAGAAGAUGGUCGACCUAGAACGGGCACUACACGAAGCCAAGCAAAGACUUGACGAUGCCGAGCAAAAACUUCAGAAGGAAAUGCUACAGCGUUCUUCGCUGGAGACGCAAAAGCUGGAGUUGCUGUCGAAACUAAGUGAGGUUCGUCUCCGCGCGGCCGAGCGGGGUCUGCUCGAGCGGUCUCCGCCGCCCGACGCAAGCCCCGGACCCGCACCCCCCGCCAGACCCGCCCCGCCCCGGACUCCGCCAGCGAACUACGGGCGUCAGAUCGAGCGCAACACUCACAUGUACUCGUCGCUGCCGCGCUCGUCCGUGCUCGCGUCGGAGGCGCGCGUCGCGUUCGGUAACAAACACAGCAUGGUGGUGGCUCGCGGGCGCGGACACUCGGUGCCCAAUCUAGUUGAGAAGGAGGAGGCGAUACCGCGCGGCAGUCCCUCGCCGUCGCUCCGUGAGGUCCGCUCACGGCUUGGCAGCGGCUCCGUGCGGCUGGAAGGGGACGAGUUCAGUCGGUCCUCGCUCCGAGCCUCCUCAACGCCCCGACAGAAGCAACAAACGAUGCCCUGGCAAACGACAGACAUCCGACAGUGGGACUGUGAAACGACCUGCGGCUGGUUGGAGAGUAUCGGCAUGGAGCAGUACGCGCCCGCCGCCAGGGCGUGGCUCGGCGCCGGCGACGCUAGGGGCGUCCUCGCUAAUGCCUCCCACAGCACCAUCGAGAAGGAGCUGGCCAUCAAACAUCCUAUGCACAAGAAGAAGAUACUCUUGGCUAUAAUGGAUUUAUUGGGCAGUCACGGCGACGAGCUGCUGACGGCGGCGGGCGCGCUGAGCGGCGCGUGGGUGCUGCGCUGGCUGGAGGACGUGGGCGUGUGCGGCGCGCGCGAGGCCGCCGCCGACGCCGCGCUGGACGGGCGCGCGCUGCACCGCCUCACGCACCACGACCUGCACGCGCACCUGCGGGUCGCGCACGCCCUGCACGCGCUCUCCAUCCGCAGAGGGAUACAAGUGCUGCGAGACAACAAGUUCAAUCCGGACACGAUGAUCCGUCGCGGCGUGGAGACGGUCAACGCUGAGGGGGAGACGGAGACCGUGGAGGGCGCGGAGCUGGCGCGCUGGUCGUCGCACCGCGUCAUGCAGUGGCUCAAGGAGAUAGACCUUGCGGAGUACGCACCGAAUCUCCGAGGCGCUGGUGUCCACGGCGGACUCAUGCUGCUGGAGCCACGGUUCACGGCCGAGCUCCUGGCCGCGCUGCUGAACAUUCCCGCCAACAAGACGCUGUUACGGAGACAUCUAACGCAGAGAUUUAACGAUCUCUUAGGCAGAGAUGUGAUCCAACAGAAAAGAAACGCUGAGCAGACGCUCGGCUACCAGCCGCUCACAGCAACAACCAAAUAUAAGGUACCAAAGAAAAGUCAGUUCUCGUUGAAACGUAAGAAGAGCAAGGAGGAGUUAGAGAUAGGCGAACUGGUGUGCCCCCUCGGAGACGAGUGCUCAGGUGACGUGCCCACAUCGCCUACGAUGAGAGUAAAGUCAGCGGUAUCGGCGGGCGUCGCGUCGGCUGUCUGUCCCCCGCGUGACGCCGCGCGUGCGCACUGACCGCGCUCCGCACAUGCCUUGGACCGAACUACACGUAAAUAAACGAUCACUAACGCUCCCUGUGAACGAUCAAAUAUGUUUGUCAAACUUUACGUUUUCAUCAAACAACAGCUUAAACGAUCAAACACCAAAGAUCAAACAAGUUCAUUAAACUUCGGUUUUCUCCUCGCCGUAACAAGACGUCGUGUCGAGCAAUGAUUGAGAUCUUGUUUGACAAACACUCCCAUACACGUUCAAACUUGUUUGUCAAACACGCCGACAGUCAAGAUUUCCAUCAAAUACGUCAAACAAAGCUGCAUGCUGUCAAAUAAGUUGACAAACAAUUGAUCGUUUACGAGGCGCUUGAAGCAUCUACAGGGUGCUAUUAAAUCACCACCGAAUCGAAAUGAUAUAACAAUACGCAAACUGUAUAUCGAUAUAAUAUCGAUUAAUCGUUUAAGGAUUUCGUUGGCCCCGCGAUAUAAACCUUCCGACUAUGCUAUUUGAAAAAAAAAAAAACAUUUUAGUUUCGGUUCAAGUACGGCACACUAUGUAUAAUAUGACCACAGUAUAAUUUUGUUAACUACGCAAAGUCGGAAAGCAUACUACAAAUUUGAAUAAAGAGAUAAUAUAUCUUCUAUUGAAAAAUUAUUUAAGACAUGUAUUUAAGAGGGGGGAAUCUGUGAAGCGAAAAUUGCCGUUAAAGAUAAUUGCACGGCUGAAUUGAAAAUGAAAAAAGGCGAAAAUUAUCCGACAUAAGAACGUAGGCGUGUUUGUUUGUAAUGACCAACUAAUAUAUAAUGCAACAUUUAAAACGCAUUUCAUAAAUUCGUCCUAUCAAAGGAAUUUUAACAUUUUAACGUCAUAUUAAAUAAAAUUGCGCUAACCCUACUCUACUAUAGUAUUUUAUUUGGUGCUAAAAUUUGAAAUUAAAAUCUUAAAAAUUCCUUGUUAAUUUAUGUCACUACUAUUUAUCUUUGUUUAUCGAGUCCAAGGUACACCCUAUAGUAAAAAAUAAAACGCAUUAACAUUUGGUGCGACUGCCAAAAAUAUCUAUCGUGUUAAGUAACGUAUGUAGGAUCGUUUAUUGAAAAAAAAAAUUAAAAUAUUUUAACUUAUGUUUAGUGUUAUAAAGUGAAUGCUGAAUAUAAUUAAUAUUUAUUUGUGUGUUGUGAAUGAAACUUGGUGAAAUGUGCACAAAACCGAUAUCACAUAAUUUGUAAUAGACAUUCCAAUGUAGAUGCUCUUACAUUACUAAGCUGCCUAUCAAUUAAUAUAAUACACAUUUUGUAGUGUUAACAUACAUACAUAUUUCAUAAAAUUUCUUUAAACUUCUAAACUAUUACUGAACGCAACUGUAACUAACCCCUUAUAUAGAUUCUUAAUAAAUUUAUAACUAAACUAUAUGUUCCCAAACUUUUUAUUCAAUUGACUUUCCAAUAUAUAUCAGACUACCUUAGUAUCAUAUCUAUAGUAUACAAAUCUAAAUUUAAAAUAGGGUUUUUUGAUAGGCUACCAAAUGAGGUUUCAACUGUCUCUUGGUAGCAGUUUUCCAAUCAAUGUCACACUUACCCCUCUUUUCAUUAUUA